AUGUCUUUGAAACGUAAACGUUUGUCUAUUAAAGAGAAAUUAAAUAUUGUCGCGGAAAGUGAAAAAUAUAACAACAGUGCUCGAAAGUUGGUGGAAAAGUUUGGUGUUGGAAGAACGCAAGUGAACGACAUUUUAAAAAACAAAGUGGAAUUAAAAAAAAUGUUUGAAGAAGAAGGAUGCAAUGCAGAUAAAAAACGAAAGUUUCCUAAAACAGAAGGAUUUGCAAUCGAUCAACUAGUUUACGAAUGGUUUUGUAAGGCAAGGAACAAAAACAUACCCAUAUCGGGAACCUUAAUUCGGGAAAAAGCUCUUGAGGUAUCUACAUCCUUGAAACUUAGUGAAUUUAAGGCUUCAACUGGCUGGUUAAAUAAGUUUUGCAAGAGACAUAAUAUUAACUUCAAAACAAUUUGUGGUGAGUCUGCAGAUGUGGAUGAAGUGACUGUUGAAGAGCAAAAACCCGAGAUGUUUUAA